AUGUCAUCACAAAAAGAUAAUGUUUCCGUGAGCGUCAACGCCGUGCUUAACUUCAGAAUAACCGAAGCCGAUAAGGCGGUUAUCGAAGUCGAGGACUUCGGUUUUGCGAUUUCUCAAAUCGCGCAGACAACCCUCCGGAGUGUGCUCGGACGUGCGGAACUCGACGAUCUGCUCUCUGAACGCGAGAAACUGAAUCAGGACUUGGGGGCUAUCGUCAAAAAACAUUGUGAACCCUGGGGUAUUGAGGUACUGGCGAUGGAAAUCAAGGACGUAGAUCUCCCGGUUGAGAUGCAACGCGCGAUGGCGCAGCAAGCGGAGGCGGAACGCGAACGCCGCGCCAAAGUCAUACACGCCGAAGGUGAAUUUGAAUCCGCACAAGUCUUAACCGAUGCCGCUGAUAUCCUCAGCAAAACCCCGACAGCAGUGCAACUCCGAUUCCUGCAGGCGUUGGUGGAAGUUAGUGCAGAGAAAAACUCGACCAUCGUCUUCCCAAUCCCCAUGAUUGCUCAGUCGUCAUCGAAAAGAUAA